AUGUUAGAAAAAAUAUCACCUGAAAUUAGAGAAAUGGAGACAUCUGCAGACAAUAAUAAUUUUCAAAAGCAAUUCCUUAGAUUGAUCUUAAAUCUUAAAAAUGCAUUUGAGGAUGGUAAUCCUUCGAAUGUUCUCGCUGCUCUCAUUGAUGUUAAUCAAUUAAUUUCCGUUGCAAUUCCAAAUUAUUUUGAAAAUGAAGAAUUUAUUGAUAAAUUAGUUAAAUCUAAAAUAAUCUUAAAUCUGAUAGAAAUAGCAUUCGAAUUAGAUGAGACCAACGAAGAUAAGGAAUUAUUUUAUAAAAAUUCAUUUAAUGCGUUAACAACACUUCAUUAUCUCUCCACCUUUUCAAAAAUUUUGUCUAGUAAAAUCGGAGCAUCAUAUUUCUGGGUGAAGUUUAGAAAGAAUAUUCAUUGUUUUGAUCCAAAUUCCAUUUUAAUCGGCUUAUCAAUAGGCAUAAACAUCUUAAUUGAUGGAACAAAGGAUGAUAUGAUUCUGUAUAAUAAACAAGGUGUAACACAGCUUUUGGUUGAUAUUGCAUCAAUUAAUAAAUUUUCCGAAAACACAGCAUUAAAAAUUGCCGAAUCAACGCAAAUCAUGGCUUGUUAUGGCUUAUAUAUAUUUAAUUAUCGUGCAAGAGUCUUUUAUCCAGAAUAUUAUGAAGUAUAUUUUAGAAAUAUUGCAUUAUUGAUAUUAGAUGUUCCAGAACUUGGAAAAAUACAUCUUUUGCACUCAAUUAACAUAAUUUUGCAAAGCAUAUCUGUAAAUCCAUCGUUUUUGUUUGAGUUAAAUGAUGAAAUCGAAUUUAUCGAGAAUUUACUCGAAUAUUCUGGGAGUGAUAAUUAUAAGUUAAGAUCAGCAGCAUUAUACACUAUAUGUUAUGCAUUAAGAUCUGAUUUUGUUGGAAAUGAAGCCAAAGAAGAAAUAAUUAUUCGACUUCCAUGGACAAAAUAUAAUGACUUAUUUAUUUCGGAUUCAGAUGUAUCGGGAUGCAUUGAUGUAGUGUAUUAUUCAACUCUGCUUGGAGAAGAUUAUGUUUUGUGCUUAAAUGAGUAUAAUACUUAUCAAGUUCUUGUUGAAAAUGUUGAUGACUUUAAAUACCAAGAUAGAAAUAAGAUUCUCUCCAUCAUUUUGGUCAUUAUUCAAAAUGGAUCACAGUCAUUGUUAGAAAUAUUCCUCAAAUUGAAUAUAAUUGAUCUAUUUUCAGAUAUGUUAGGUAACGAAAGCACUUUUGAUAAUGAUAUUAUUAGUGCUCUUGAAAGAUUUACUUUCUUAUUAAAUUCAUCGCACCAUGCAGAGCUCAUACAACAAUUUGAAAACUCGGAAAUAGUUGAAACUCUUUUGGAUUUCAUUCCUAAUGAUCUUGUCGUUUCAAUCUUAAAACGACUUGAAUAUUUUGAAAUUCUUGAAAACUUAAACCUGUAA